GUCCCCCGCGCUCGUGCGCGGCGUUGGUCUCCUGAGCAGGGCUCGGGCUGUGGCCUAGCGGCGGCCCCGCAGCGAUCGCGGCGGCCCGCGGGCCCCGCCCGCCGGGGAGGAUGAUGGCCGAGGACUCGCCCAAGCGGCGCAAGGCCAAUUUCAACGAGGCGGAGACCGAGGUGCUGAUCGAGCAGGUGCUGAAGCACGAGCAGCUGCUGUUCGCGGCGGGGCCGGGCCGCGCCUCCCCGGGCCAGAAGCGGCGGGUCUGGGAGCUGAUCCGGCACAAGGUGAACCCGGUGGCCGCCUGCCCCCGCGACGUGGAGGAUCUCAAGAAGCGCUGGAGGGACCUGAAGCGGCGCGACCGCAGCAAGCUCUGCCGCCUCUCGCAGGGCUGCGGCCCCGCCGGCCACCCCGGGGGGCUCGGCCUGCUGCUGUGCACGGAGGAGAUGCCCCAGCCCGCCCCGCAGUCCGACCACCACCGGGCCUACGGCUCCGCGCUGGGCCCCGCCGAGGCCGUGCCCAUCGUGGGCGGCAUCGACACGCUGGACCUGCCCGGAGCCUCCGUGGUGGACAUCGGGUUUACAGAUGAUCCUGGUCCAUCCCACCAACCCUGUCUUGAGAACAUGAACUUAAAAGAGGAAAUAGUAGUGAAGGUAGUAGAGCCAGAAGAAAGUUCUGAGGACAUGGCUGUGGUUCCACCUAGCCAAGAGCAACUGCCAUUUCUGGGAACAGCUGGGGGUGGCUUGUCUGGGAAAGUAAAAGCCAAAACAAAAGGCCGGUCUCAGACAGACCAAAAUGAAAUUACUGAAGAGGACCUAAUGCAGAUCCAGCAGAACCAGAUGCAGGUGAUCCAGUCUGGCUUUGACAGUGUCAACCACAACCUUCGGCUGCUGCAGCAAGGCAUGCAAGAUCUCAGCAACAGCCUCAGUAUUAUGGCACACACUCUGGUGGCUAUCAAAAAUGUUUAUGUGAAAAACAACACUGGCCCAACCACCUACGCCACCACCUCUACUCAGACCACAGCAGGGUACCUGAGUCCUGGGUCUCCCCAGAUCUCCCCAGCUGAGGACAGAGGCAGAGCACAGGUGGCUGGAAGCAGCAGCAGAAGCAGCAGCUGCAGUUCCAGCUCUAUGUCUCAAGAACCAGGCCCUUCAGAAUUUCCUAGACCCCCCCUGAGAACCAUUAAGAAAGAACAUCCAAAUGGCUGCUACUAUUUCUGUUUUGCAGAUGUUUAAAACUUGAAUAUGUGUAAAGUGACUGAUGUUAGAGGUGCUGUUGUAUGCGCUGCUCCACCCUGUGACUAUAAUGGAGCAAAUAGGACUUGCCUCCUGCUUUUUUUUCCCCAGUGGGGAAAGUUUCACAUUAGGUGGCAUUUGACACUAACUACCAAUCUCCCAUUUGUUAACACUAACUGUUGCAGUUGGUUAAUGUCUCUCUUCUGUUUUCUUCACCGUCUUCUUUCAAAAAAAAAAUCAAAUUUAUUUUGACUAA